AUGAUCAACGUACUUCGAUUUUCGGAGAAUCUGGAAGAGCGUGAUGACCUGGGCGCAUCGGCGAGCAGCAGCGGGUCUAAUACUACCACUUCGAUCCCACUCACACAGUCGAAUCUGAGCCAUCUUGACGAAGGGUACGGCUCGAUAUCGCCGUCCGUCAGGUCAUUCCACCAGUUCAAUCCCCUGUCUAGGGCCAACGGCUCACCAGCACUCCAAGGUUAUCUGCCCAAUAUUGACGAUUUCACGAUGCCGAUUUCCGCAGGUGCGAGCGACACCGGCUCACCGUCCGGCCUCCUUUGUCGAGAUCCAGACCGGCUAGACUACUCAGUUUGGUUUCAGGCCCCAGCUCACGUCAAGGCGAAACGCGACGGUCAUGAGCUUGCAUACCGGCAUAACAUAGCGACACGUAACUUCAUCGCAUUGCUCUACGGUAAGCCCAUGGUGGGCCGGGAAUUACACGAGAUGCUCUCAGACCUACACUCCGCGAUGGUGACUUGCUACGAGCUCAACCCAGAGGAUCAGCGGCCGGACAUCACCCGGAUCAUCGUUCAGUACCUUCUGGAUCGGAAGCUGGACGAGGUAAGCGGUGACAUCGGCGCUGCUCUGGGACUGCUGCGAUGGUGUGAGCAGCCGCAUGUCAUGUGGGAGCAGGGCUACCUAGAAACAUUCGUCCACUGCGCGGGUAUGAUAUCUGAGCCUGUCAUCCAAGCUGGUCAGUUGCACUCGCUCUCAAGGGUCACGCUACACAAUCUCGAGACCGCCUAUACGGCUCUGCAGCUUGAGAUCAUCAACGCUGAAGAGAAGUUAGCGACGUUCGACUUCGCGGAAAUCUGGGAGGCCCGGAGCGUGGCAGCUAAUCAUCCCGCUUGCAAGGCCUUCAGUGCAUUUCGGAAGUUUCUAAUAGAAUUCUACGGGAGUAUCUACGGUGUCUGGCCUCCACAACCGGGAUCCAGCGGCCACUGGCUAAGCCGGAGGAUAGUCCGGCGGCUGCAGCAGGACUUUGGCGCAGUAUACGACUACCUGGUCGAUCGAGACAUCGUAUGGUGCGGUGACGAAGCGCGGCCGAAUCGCAAAUGGGAAAUGGUAAGCCGCGUCCCCAGACCGGAAGCGUUUCGUGCCGACAGCCCCAGUCUACCUAUUACCGACAUGUUGGUAAGCUUCGACUCACGUCACAAGUACGAGCACCUACCGCAGCCAUACCCUCUGGUACCGCAGGAUCUCCAGUCGCCUGUGAGGACGCAACCGGCGAAAAGAAGCUUCUUUAUCGGGCUGAAGAGGGCCAAGGCAGCAGCGGCGAGGGAUCCAAAGGAGCAGUUCCAGCUGUCUCUCGCUUUCAACGGCGCGACGAACAUCAACAGGCUCGGCACUGCAUUUGAAGUAAACGAUCUCGUCGACGCCCUCUCCCGCCACGAAAAGACGCUCGACCUUCGCAACGUUGCUCCCCAAGACGCCCGCAUAGGCCGCUGGAUCCUGCUCUACGGCAUCCUACAAGUCUUGUCCACGCUCUCCGUCGACGCGCACGGCCUCCAGCACGCCGGAGACGAGAUUGACUACUUCCUGAAUCCGAGCCUCGCAGGCUGUCCGCCCUGGCGCAAGCCCAGCAGUCAGUGCUUGCUGGGCACGGUGCUCGAGGCGACGCAAAGAGAUAGUUAUUGCUGGCGCGCGGUUGAGCGGUGGGAAGAGGCGGAGGAGUAUGGAGCCCCGAGGCCGGAGCUGGCGGACGGGAGGGACGUGGUUAGUGAGUUGGAUGGGAGAAGCUUGGAGCCGAGUCUUGUGGAGAAAAUGUAUUCGACCGAGCUAGGUAGGGAAGAGGUAAAGCCGGAAGUGCCGAAGAAGUCGCCGAGGAGGCUUAUGAUGGGGAGUGAGGGCGGGAAAGGGAAUGUGCAGGGGUACUUUGCUGAGGAGAAUGGGAGUGUCUGUGGUUGA